ACAGAGGAGUGUUUCCCAGUAUUUUGUGGCGGUCAGUUCUGUGGAUCCUUAUUCUGGUGUACUCCAGUGAAGACAAAUAGCCAGAUCCACUGCUGACCCCGGGCUAACUUGGUGCCUGUGGAUGGAGGGCUGUGGAGAAGAUCCUCACGGUGGAAGUACUGACUCAGAUGGUUCAGGUUCAAGUUCCUCUGGUGCUGUCGACAGGGUUUCCCUGGAGACGCUGGCCUGUGAGGUCUCUCCUAGGUUUACUUUGCCGGCGCCAGAGGCUGCUUUCUGUGUGAUCCCCGCACCUUUGUGAUCUCGGCUCCGGCCCUCUGUGAUCUCGGUUGCCGAGCAGCGACAGGACGCGGCUCCCGGGGGUUUGGGUCUUCUCCACCCACUCUGGGUCUCGGAACCACAGUCAUGGCCCCCUUGGUUAGCCUGGCCCGGCCCGGGGUAUCGAUGGCUCAGGCAGUGAUUCCGUUCGUGAGGGGCCCCGAGGACCGGCAUUUCUUCACCAGUUUCCAGGAGCAGGAUAACGCGGCGUUCGCCCGCUGGAACCCGGACGCGGCGGCUCCCGAUGACCUCUACCCGCUCGCCCCGCACCGGCACGAGGUGCAGCUGCUGGAUUCCAGCUCGGGCUACAAGAGCCCCGGGGCCAGCGCCGACAGCGGCACCAGGAGGAUCCCCAACCUGGCACUUUACAGGCAGCCGGCCGGGGAAUGCCGAGCUCACACCGCCAUCCCGGUCGCCGUGCAGGAAACAGGCGAGAGCCGCCUCUGGAACUCCAAAUCCGUCUCGUCGGCUGCCAUCCGAGCCAGAGUGGGAGGUUGGACAAGUCCAGUUCGAGUGACACCAGCACCACAUGCAGUUCCCGGUUCUCUCAAAACUCAUAAUUUUAACUUCAAUGUGGAUCCUGCGGGUCAGACUUCAAAUGAUGCAGCAUCUGAAAGUGCAAGAGAUGCAAAAGCAAGAAAAUAUAUGUACUCAACUAGCACCCAGAGGAGUUAUGAGGAUGUCAAUUGGGACUGUAAGUUGGGGACCAAAAUCAAACCAGAAGAUGCAACACAGGAAAAAAUAGGUGACCCCAUAUCACGACAUGCUACAUUGAAACGAUAUGAUCCAAGCCCUCAUAUGUGGCAGGCUGUGGGUGGACAUGGACACUGGAACAAAAGUCAGUCUCGACCCUUCACUGCUGCAGCUAAACCAAUCAACUUUACAAGCCUUUUCCCCAAAAUUCAUCAAAUUCCACUGUACAGUGGUUCUGUGGGUGGUAAUAAUCUGGAGGAUAGAGAUAACCCUUACGCCGACUUUACCCCCUUCACUGUACCUCGAACUGAAAAGCCACGUCAGACAGAUGCACCCUAUUGCCCAAAUAUACCUGGUUAUACAGGUAAAAGACAAUGGAAUGUCACAGUAGCUGAUAAAUCCAACUUUUCAAGAUUGUUCCAUCCACCAGAAUGCAAUGGAAUUCCGCAUGGCAUUGAAAAGCCGUUAAAAUAUCGGCACCAGUCGCCCUUUUCGAAGAUGGUGACAAAAGUCUCCCCCUUCAACCCGUUUCACUCGAAAACAUCCAAAGCACUUCGUUUAUAAAUAAAUAAAUAUAUAAGUAUAUUUGCAUGUGAGAAACGUAAUUGCACAUGGCUCUUGUUGUUUUCAAAUCUAGAUUAUGUAAUUAAUGUUUUUAUAUGCUGCCUUUUUUUGCCCCGUAAUGUUUUUCUCAGUUUCUCCUGAAGGGAUUGAGUGCUGCCAGAUUAUGGAAAGUGAAUAGUUGGCAAAUUAUUCAAUAAUUUGGGAUUAUCCACUUUUGUGCCUAUCCCCAACAAGCUUUCACCCUGUUGCUUAUCAAGAAGCUAUCCACCUCUGCCUUAAAACUAAUCACAGACUUUUCUUCCAACACCUUUUGUGGCGAGUUUCAAAGAUUGACGACCCACCGAGAGAAAUACCUUCACUUUAUCUCAUUCUUAAAUGGGUAGCUCCUUGUUUUGACACAGUGAUAACCUGGUUUUAGAUUCUCCCUCAAGUUGAAAUAUUCUUUCCAUAUCCACCUUGACAAGUCGCCUGGUAUGUUAAAACCAAAUAACUACUUGGUCUUAUAAACUCCAACAGAUGCAAGCCUAGCAUGUUGAAGGUUUCCUCAUAAGCCAAUCCAUCUGUUUCGGUAUUAGUGUGGUAAACUGUCUCUGAAUUGUUCCAAUGCACUCACUUCCUUAAAGAAAGAAACGAAUAUUGUAUGCAGUUUUUCAGUUGUGGUGUCUGUAUUCCCCACUUUUGUACUUGAUUCCUCUCAGAAUAAGCAAGAACAUUUCAAGUUCCACUUUUUUCUUGUUUUUUUUCUUACAUUCUAUGUUUUGUAAGAACAUUCCUUAUUUCUUGCACCUGAUUCACCCAGAUCCAGUUGCAUUGCAGAGCUCUGCAAUCUCUUGCCAUUUGAAUAAAAAGUUUCUUUUCCACUUUUCCUGCAAACGAACCAUCAAAUUCAGGGGAUUAAGACAUAUGCUUCCACCUGCAAACGUUUACAGAAAUUGUUUGGCAGUUUUCACAGCUUCCCCAUGACUUCUGUCAAAUGACUCCUUGCCCUAAGCAUCCCCAUUAUUUUUUCAGAAGUUGCUGGGUUUUCACAUUUGUUGCAUUGAAUCCACCACGUAAAAUUAAACCUCAUAAUUGAACCACUCUGUAUCUUUAAUAAUAGUUAAUGCAAUGCCUGGAAACCUUCCAGAGGUUUAGCAGUUUGUACUGUGGAAUGCCAGUUCUUCAAAUUGCAGAGUUCCUUAGAGAUUUGAAAAUGUUAUUGAAAAAUAAUUCUUUAUUUCCUACUCUCUCAAUGCAAUGUUAUGUAAUGAUAUUGUUCCUAGAAUGUUCACUUGGCUUUGGGGAGGCUGCAAGGAUAGCAGAUGAGCAUCUCUGGAUAUAGAGUUUUCAUAUAGGUGAGAGAAAGAUAGAAAAAAACCAAUAGAGAUGUAUUAUUGAUCAAAGAAUCAAUCAUUAUAAUGAAAAAGCAUAACGUACGAAACAAACCAUCAAAUGAGGCCUUAUGGGUUGAACUCAGAAACAAAAAGGAGACAGACACACUGUAGGUAUGUACUGUCGCUAGAAAGUGGGAUAGAGCUAGAGGAGCAAAUAUGUACGUACAUUUCUGAGUGCAGAGAUAACAGAGCGGUAAUUAAUAAAAAAUUUAACUACCUAAGUAUCGACUGUAAUACAAACCAUUUAAAAGGAUCAGAAGACACAACAGUUCCAAACUUCAUUUGAGCAAACAGUCUUAGCCAGCACAUAACAAGCCUAAUGUCAGAGGGUGCAAUCUGAGAUUCAUUCUUAAGAAAUGAAGUUAAGCAGGUGGAUGAAGCAGUAGGGAAUGACCAUUUUGCAGGUAGUGGUCAUUAUAGAAUUAGAUCUGGCAUCAUUAUAGAAAGAGAUAAUAUAGUUCAAAAUUGGAGGAAGGCAAACUUUCCAAAGCUGAAAGAUGAUCUGGCAAAAGUGGAGUAGUUACAACAAUUUGAUAGAAAGUUGGUGCCAAUUCAGUGGGAGACAUUUAAAAGCAAGAGGAGCAAAUUACUGCAGAUGCUAGAAUCUGUACUGAAAACGAAAAAAAAUGCUAGAAUUCACAAUGGAUUAGGCAGUAUCCAUGGAGAGAGAGCAAGCUAAUGUUUCAAGUGUAGACGAUUCUUUAUCAGACUCUAUAUGACUCUUCACGUCAGCGCUGAAGAGUUAUCUAGAUUUGAAACAUUAGCUAGCUGCCUGACCCACUGUGAAUUCCAGCAUUUACUGUUUUCAAUCCAAAAGCAAGAGUCAAUGGAAACAGUGUCUACAAAGAUUAAAAUGUAGAACCCUAGGUUGUGCAGAAGCAUGCAGGCUAUGAUAAAGCAGAAAAAUAGAAUGUAUACCAAUCCCAGUGAAAGGUUAUACUUCAAGAGGCUUGGAAGACCAAAGAAAGUACAGAGGUGAAUUGAAAAAAGUGAGAAAGCAGAGAGGAUAUGAAAAUGUACUGGCUAGUGAAAUGAAGGAAAAUCCCAAAGGUAUUUGAUCAGUACAUUACAUGCAGGAGGAGAAAGACCAAGAAAAUUGUUGGGCCUAUUAGUGAGGUACAUGGUAACUUGUAUGUGGAUGCAGAAGAUGUGAGAAGGAUUCUAAAUGAGGACCUUGUCUCCACAAGGAAUAGCAGUGCUGCAGGUUUAGAAUUCCAGUUAAAGAAGUAGGAUGAGAAAUAUUAGAUUCACUAAAAUAAUAAGAAAGUAGGUACAGGAGGAACUGAACUUGAAGCUAGCUAAUCACUAGGUCUGGAUGCAUUGUGUCCUAUGCUGUUGCAGUCAGCCGGGGAGGAAAUGAAGGAAUCUCUAAGCAUCAUUUCCCAGUCUUCAUAAUAUAUAGGUGGAUGACAGAGGAAUAGACAGAGGAAUAGCGGAAUAUUCUCUGUAAUAGAAUAGUACAAAUAUUGUACUAUUGCUAACAAAAUGCGCAAGCGGUUGCGGAUUAAUGCUGAGCUAGUGGAUAGGCAUUUCAGUGGUAGUAACUAUUGUUCUGUAAGAUUUAAGAUAGUGAUGGAAAACAACAAUGUUGGAAUGAAAAUAAAGAUUCUGAAUUGGAGCAAGGCCAAAGUGACAAUCUACAUGUGGACCUUGAAGAGCUGAGUGAGGCUUUAAAUGAUUUAUGUGUAUUUGUAUUCACUAUUGAAAAGAACAAUGUUCACAGAGGAAUCAAGGAGGACACUUACAAUAAAUUUGAAUAAGUUAGCAUUGAGAGGCAGGAGCUAUUGUUCUUAUUAGGAAUUUUAGCAGGCUUCAAGUUGGAUAAGUCCCUAGGCCCAGGCAAGAGGUAUCCUAGACAAUUGUGGGAGGCAAGGAAUAUGCAGAGCCUUUACAUUAAUGAUCAAAUCUUCUCUGGCUACAAGGGAUGUGCCAGUGGAUUUAAGGAUGGCUAAUAUGGUUUCAUCAUUCAAGAAGAAUGGUAGCAAUAAAUCAAGAGACUUUAAGCUUUGAGUCUAAUAUCAGUGGUGGAGAAACAUAUGGAAAACAUUCUGAGGGAUAGAAUUAAUAUCCAUUUGGAGAGACAAGGAUUAAUCGGGAUUGCCUGCAUUGAUUGUGAGAAGGACAUGUCUCACAAAUUUUGAUUGAGUCUUUAUAAUUAUAAUUUAUCAUUUGUAAGAUCCCUGGUUUUAUGAGAAUGGAACAGCCCUGAUAAAAGCAAAGUAAUGCUUUUGCUGGAAGUCUGAAUUAGAAACAGAAAGUGGUGGAGAAGCUGAACAACAUCUGUGAAGAGAGAAACAAAGUCAAUGCUUUGAGUCUUGUUUAACUUCUUCAGAAGUGAAAAGGCCUGGGAAAUGGUAGCUUUUAUGCUGUUGACAGAGGGGAAGAGGAGUGACUGGAACAGAUUGUUUCAGGCCUGUGACGUGACCUUAGAACACUGCAAGAAGGCCCAAGAUAGAAAUGUUAGCAUGGGAUCAAGAUGUCUUGUUGAAUCCUGAAGUUUGUUGAACAUUUUAUCUCCUAUUAUAUUGCCAGAUGCAGUAUCUUGAAGAGUAUUGAGAUCUGAGCAGCCAAUGGUCACCGCUGCACUUGUUUGUUUGUUGGGUUUGGAGGAGAGAAUUGAGGUCAUUCAAGGUCAGCUACUGCUCCAUUGGCUGCAUUUUCUGGUCCUUUUGUUGUGGUGUGCGUUGGUUGCACCCAACGCAUGAUAGCAGCCAGGGCAUGUUGUUGCCAAGAGUGAUGAAUGUGAACAAAGUGGUUAGGUCUUCCACAGGUUUACACCAGUAGCGCAACCACAGUUGAAGCAUAGUCUGUACACCGCAGGCUCUGUUUAUGUGGCAGCUGUUGCUUUGCUUUCCCAUAUAUGAGCUGUGAACAGUGUUUACAGGAGUUAAACUUGCAGAUCUUGGUAAGCUUGAAUUAAAUCGUCCGGAAUUAGUAAAUGAUAAUAACCUUGUAAAGUCUAAUCGCUCUGAUGGCUUUUCUCUGUUCCUCUAAUGCUUUCAGCCAUAGUUGCCUGGAGAGACACCUUUGAUGAUCUGUGUAUUUAAUUCCCUUCACCAAAGUUAAAUAUAGCUGCCAGUAGCCUCAGACUUGUGCAGGGCUAGUUGAUCAUCUCAUUGGCUUUUAACCUCAUGUCAAAAAGUACUUUCUGUACUUUUCUUUGGUUUUAAAUACAAUGUCCGAUCCAUUCUAUCUUGACUGCCUAAUUUUGCUCAGGUGUCAGCUUUUCAAACAGUGUCUUCCUAUUCUUUUACCAGCGUGGUGGAAAUAAAAUACUAAAGUAGUCCCACCUGUCUGCUCCAGUCCUAUAUCCUUCCCAACCUUUCCUAUUCAUCUACUCACCCAUUGUCUUUUAAACAUUGUGAUUGUGCCCAUAUUCACUACUUCCUCAUGAAGUUUAUUCCACAUGCGAACCACCCUCCUUGUAAAAAAAAUGCCCCUCACAUCUUCUUUAAAUCUCUGUCCUCUCACUUAAAAAUAUGCCUCCUAGUCUUGAAAUCUUCAUCCUAGGGAGCAGACAACUACUAUUAACCCUACCUCUACCCUUCAUGAUGUUAUGAACUUCUAUAAGGUCGCCUCUCAACCUCCUAUAUCCCAGUGAAAAGAGUCCCAGCUUAUCCAGCCAUUCUUUAUAAGUCAAACAAUUUGUAAAUCUCUUCUGAACCCUCUCCAGUUUCAUAAUAUCCUUCCUAUAACUGGCAACCAGAACUAGACAAAGUCUUCCAGAAGAGACGUCACCAAUGUCCUGUACAACUUCAACAUAACGUCCCAACUCCUUUACCCAAAGGACUCAGCAUGAAAACAAGCAAGCCAAACACCUUUUUAACCAA